AUGAAGAGCUUUUCCAAGCGCGAGGCUGACAGGCGGAUGUUCCUGGAACAGGUACGGGAGAGCAAGGAGAAUGGCUACCUCCUCUCUUCCAAGAAGAUCGGCGCAGGGGCCUUCUCCAAAGUCUACCUGGGUUAUGCCACCCAAGAAAAAAUGAUGCAGAACUACAAGCUGGCCUCAGACCUCAGGAGCAAGCGGCACUCCAUGGUUGCUAUAAAGAUCAUCUCAACGGCAGACGCACCUGUAGAAUAUACCAAAAAGUUCCUCCCAAGAGAAAUCUACUCCCUCAACGUUACCUACAAGCACUUAAAUGUUGUUCAGCUCUACGAAAUGUACCGGAACAGCAAGCGCACUUACCUCGUCCUGGAGCUAGCCUCCCGGGGAGACCUCCUGGAGCACAUCAACGCCACCUCCGACAGGAGGGAGUACCCUGGGCUGGAGGAAGAGGAGGCACGAAGGCUCUUCCGCCAGAUCGUCAGUGCUGUUGCACACUGCCACAACGUUGGCAUCGUCCACAGAGACUUGAAAUGUGAGAACAUUUUGCUGGAUGAACGUGGCUUCAUUAAACUAACAGAUUUUGGGUUUGCCAAUCGCUAUUCCCUGAAGAAUUCCCUCAUGAGCACAUUCUGUGGCUCCGUGGCCUACACUGCCCCUGAAAUCCUCAUGAGCAAGAAGUACAACGGGGAGCUGGCUGACCUGUGGAGCCUUGGGGUGAUCCUCUAUGCCAUGGUGACAGGGAAGCUCCCCUUCAAGGAGCGCCAGCCACACAAGAUGAUCCAUGUGAUCAAGCAGGGACUGGCCUUCCGGCAGCCGAUCUCACCAGAAUGUCAGAACCUCAUCGAGGGCUUGCUCCAGCUGAAGCCAGCAGCCCGCCUGGGGCUGCAGCAAGUUGCCACGCACCGCUGGAUGCUGCCCGCCACAUCUGCCAUCUUCCACCGGGUGAUGAGCUCCAUCGGGGCCCAUCCAGAGUGCAGCACAAACCAAGAAAAGCCACCAGCGGCACAAGCUGAGCCCGGCGGCUCCGCCCCGCACCUGCCCGGCCUGGAGGCCGCCGCCGCCGCCGCCAAGAGCUCGGAGGGGCCGCCCAAGGAGCCCGGCAAGGCGCUGCCCGCGCCCCGCGCCUCCUCGGCCACCGGCGCCUUCCCCGCGCGGCCCAAGGGCGAGAAGCGGAGCGGCGAGGGCGCGCCCGGCCACUGCCUGCUGCAGCUGCCGUCGCCGCGCAAGACCGAGCGGCCGCCGCGCCUGGCGCUCUACCGGCCCAGCCUCUUCACCGGCCUGCAGCCCUUCCACCACCUGCCCAACUUCCGCAAGCCCGGCUCGGCCCUCUCGGCCAGCGCCUACGUGGCCGGCAAGCGGCUGGCCGACAAGCCCCCCGGGGCGCGGGCGGCGCUGGGCGGGCCCGCCGGCCUCUCCAAGCAGGUGCACUCGCUCUACGCCCUCACGCCCUGCCCCUGA